AUGAGCUAUCGGAGCGUCCGGGAGACCGUACAACUAAUCAGAAGUGAUAAAGUGAAAGUUCGACAGGAAGGCAUCUCUACCCUUCGCGAUGGGUACGAGAACGGCAGCCUCGUCUCAGAUGUCAAUAAGACGUCGGAUGGUCGGGGUUGGACUGUUCUUUUUCAGGCUUGUUUCGAGGCCGUGGAGAAAGAGUUCCAGGCAUGCGCGAAGAAAGGCGGUUUGUCGGCUGAGACUACAGGGCAUGGUGCUGCCGCCCUGGGUAGACUGAAGGAUGUGACCACCGCCUUGCGUGAACUGAUACAACACGGCGUGGAGACGAUGAACAACAGGGCCUUAAGGCCAUUAUUGAGACAUCUUCGGCAGAGAAUGCUCUAUCGAGGGGAGCUACUAGCUCCUGUAGCGUUGACUUAUAUCAAGGCGAUUGGGUGCGUAUUCAAAUGCAGACAGCACUUAGAACAUUUAGAACACGCUGAAUGGGUGGAUAUCACCCAACUGGCCUUCAACGUCGUUCUCAGAGAUCGUCUCAACGAGGAGUUGAGCGAAGUUGACGGCCAGCAGCUUGGCGAAAAGGAGACCACCGCUUCUCCUGCAGGCGGGGAUGAACACUCAAUGCAGGAUGCUGAAGAAGGGACUCCCUCGACAUCUACAGCUGAUCUCUCGAGAAAACGUCGCCGUAGCCCCAGCCAGAAGUCUGCAAGAGCAUGCUCUCAUGAUGAAUCUCCAGCUCCUCAAAAACCACUACAGUCGCUGGCCCCAUCUGCAGAACAGAUCGAAUUCAUGACCGUUCUUGUUCCCUUACUCCAGUCGCCGUUUGCACCUCUAUUGUCCCAGAAGUACCCCGGCAUUGCAGCCGCCGUCCUGAAUCGUCUGGAACGGUUCAUCGACAAGUAUCCCACUGACACUUCCCUGCACCACAACUUUGUAUUGUGUCUUUCCGCCAUCCUCUCGCACGUGGCUCUGAAUCAUCGUGACUUGGUGAGCAGAUUCGCGAGGAAAGCGUGGCCUGGACUGGUGGCCAUGUGGAAUUCGAAGGACCAAACACUCAAAGAGGAUCUGAUUGUGGUUUUGAAAGUCCUGUUUCCCUUCCUCACAGAUGAUCAAGCAGACAUGGGGAGCAUGGGUGGCGAUCAAUUUUCUAGCGUGACAAAACUCUGGCGUCUGCUAAAUGGAGAGGGAGAAAUUCGGUGGAAAGUUCAUGGUCUUUCCCUUGAUUCUCUGCGGCUUGAAGUCGUUCCAUUGGAUCAAGAUCAGGGUGCAAUUGGAGCAAUCACUGCCCAUACCUUCCGUCAUGGGUGGCACUUUGACGCAACUCAAGCCUUUACAUGGGCUAUCCUUGAACUUCAAGCGGAAUGUACGAAGGAGUUGUUCCUUAUGACGGAAUCAAUGCCGCUGACCCAGUCAAGCAGCAGUAAGCGUUCCAGGCUCGAGGAUCCAAUCACUUCACUGUUGUCCUCAGUCAGAACACAGGCGACGGCGAGCACUCGCAUCUACUACAUUCAGGUCUUGUUGUUCUUUGUCGACAGACACUGGUCGAUCUUGCAUGCCGAGUUAAAGCAAGAGGUAUCCUCCACUCUCCUCCAAUUUGUUUCGGUUGAGGAUGGUCUGGUCCAAUCAUGGACAUUCCUAUGCCUUGCGGCCAUAGCUCACGCAGGCUGUACCUCGGAUCCUCCUCUUGCGUCUGCAACCGUCGCUCCGAGUCAAACGACCGACAGCUUUUCUUGGGAUUCAAUCUGGGCACACGCCAUGCGGCGUUUGAGUGUUCCAGCCGUCUGUCGCGCCGCAAGUCAUGCAGCUCAUGUCCUUUUAGUCCACGGCAAGCGACUAUUGACAUCACAGCGCAUUCUCUCCGAAGUCGAAGCCCUUGCUGCAGAUCUCGACGUCCAGGGACCCCUUUUUCCUUAUGAUUCCGUUUGCGCUUUCCUAGUCCUGUGCCUUCGGGUCGUGAGUCAGGAUGUCCGGCUGUACAGAAUGCAGUUGGAGGAAAAAGCGCUGACGUGGCUGACGAACGUCUGGAGAGUGGAGAAAGGACACAGGUUGAAGAUGUCACUGCACACCACAGGCGACGUACUCAUGCUGAUGGAAAGCAUAUGCGCACUGUCGAGGAAGAGUAACUUAGUAUAUCGCAUGAUGCUCCCGGAGUGUUCGAUGGUAGAGGCAAUGGUUGAUGACAGGCGAACAGUAGUCAUUCGAGACUUCCUCCUGCACGCGCGGCUGCCUCCAUUUCGCCGGCCUAGCGAGCAUAGCUCUGGUGUGCUGUUUUCCCAGGCCGAUGCUGGAACUGGAGAAGGAGGACUUGGUGACGGACUGCCGACUGAAGCCUUGGAUAUGCGCGAUCUUAACCCGCCCCGGGGCCGGGAACGCCGCCUUUCGGCAUUCCUCCUUAGGUCUCUCGAAGAGCUCGUUUCGCGGUGGGAAGCCAGCAAGAACCCGUCUGGAAACAUGACUGCAGAGAAGGUCCGCUCGUCCCUUGACCUCUCGGUGUUGGCUCUUUGCUUCGAGGCUUCGCUGGUCUUGAACGGCACGCGUUCGAACAGGCGCGUAAUACAGGCAGCGUGCAAGCUUGUAAGCAUUGUAGCCCCGCUCAUGACACAUGGCCAAUGGUCAGCGAGCGAAAGAGCUUUGGCCAUAUCUGGAUUGCAGCCCCUGAUACUGGCACAAGACGACGAUAGUGACUUCGCCAAUUGGGAGACAUUGUUACCCCCAAGUUUUGGGACUGGAAUCCGGAGAAGUGUCCUCAAAUCGUUGACGCCGGCGCAGCAGUCGCAAGAUCAACAACACUCGGCUUCGCGUCGUAUUCUGCAGCGUGUAAUCUUUCAAAGUACCGAUGUGCAAGAUGUCUUCGUCAGUGUGCUGUCAGUUCUGCGGGACGUCCUUCGCCUGUCCAUCGGUUUGGCCUCCGGUGAUGAUUUGCACUUGAAUGCCAUGGACAUCGAUAAAAAGGAUGGAUUCGGCCCAGUUAGAACGCCCGAGGGCGCUGGUCACGGUGCAGCGGUUGGCGGUAUCUCGGUCAAUGAGCAUUCGGUCGAUGUCUGCAUAACGACACUCGCUGUCGUUCCAAUUCUGCAAUCUGCUUCUGGCGAGCCCACCCGUGACAAAGAGUUGACCGACCUCAUUUUGGGUUGCGAAAACGACGACUUCACCUUUCUCGCCUCGUCAUAUGUCCGAAAUAUUCAACAAGGGACCCUCAAUCUUAGUCCAUCUCAUUUUCAUCGGCUCUUGACAAAAAGUGGCGAGUUGCUCAUGGAUUACAGAUACGCGCGAAAUGAAAGAUUUCAGUCACUGGUGAUCCGGCUUCUGGACGCAACCGCCAGUAUCUGGAUACAACCAUCUGUGGCCGCGGGCAAAACGGGUGAUUGUAUUAGAUCGUUGUAUGAAUUCUUCUCUCGCGCUCUCUUGACUGGGAAGAUUCCAUCUUGGAGAGUGCGCGAUCACCUUGCAUGUUGUCUAAUCGACUACUUGAGACAAGAUCCCACACAAACAGUAUUCGCGGGACCUCUUAUGGAUGAAGAUGAGGAUUGGGGUCCCCAGAAUUAUCCGCUUGCAGUACUGCCCACCCUGGGAGCUGACGAAGACAUUCGUGUCCGAUUUCGAGCUGCCGUAAUAAACGCGCAUCUCUUUGCUAUCGCUCAGAUUAAUGGGCAAAAACCUGAAGAUCUCUACACGAGCAUCAAAGGCUAUCUCUGCCGGACACUUGAAGACUAUGAGCAUAUGCUGACACGUUUGCUAUGCCUGGGGAAUAUUAUGAUCGUCAGUUCUGCCAUAAGACGUGGUCCUUACUGGCAUCUGCUCGAAGCUUGUUUGUACACUUCGGCGUACACAAGACAUAUCGAAGCUGUCUUGGUCGGCGUCGGAGAGCGCAUGGGACUACCCCGAUUUUCCACCCUGUUUGAGUCCUACGCUUCUCAAAUCGCUUACUCAAUUCGAGAAAGUGAAAAAGAUUUUCUCGUCUUCCCGCCACAUCUUCUAGGAUAUCAAGACAGAAGAGAGUGCGCUGAAGCUACCUUUCACGCAUUCACCCCUACGAAUCUUCUAGGCCCCGGGACGCGAUCGUCAAUCCAACAUGGAUACAACCUUUUUUCGAAUCACUGCAAGGCCAUCCAAAAAUCCACCGCGGAAGGCGUUCGCGAAUGUUUCGCGGAAAUUGUCGGCUAUCAGAUUGUCAUUUGGAUAGCAGAGGAUCCGUCCAGGAUCAAUGCACAACCUGAUGAGCUCGAAGCCAUUCUCAAGGUCCGAACUAAGCAUAUAAAUGAUGAGGCGCAGUUCAUGCAAUCUCUUGCUGAGAAUGCUGACGCUAUUGUGGCUGCUAUCCUUCGGACCUUGGGCGAUCCGGAAUAUUCCAAGGUAGACCGUAUUUCUGACGCUUUACGCACGUUCGGACAUACCGUCGAUGCCGCUCAGACGUUCCAGAAGAUGGUCCAAUACCGAGAAGAGGGCGAUUUUGAGCCACACGAACCCAACCUACCAUGGUAUGGCGUGGAAACAGUGCUGCAGGCAUUGACGUGGUUUAGCUCACGAGUACCCGAGGCUUCCGCUCCAGCCAUCACGUACCAUGUGCUUCAUCAACUUUUUGCGGACUUGGAACGUUCACCUAUCGUGAAUGAGCAGAUGAGGCUCCUCAACGCGAUUUGUCUCUGGGUGGCUUCUCACAGCAGCCACUUCGAGGAUUACGCCCUGCUUCGCACCGUCAUCAACGGUGCCACCACUAUCCUCAUACAAUCCGACCUGGCUCACGCGGCUCAGUCUAUAUUAGCCUGGUGCUUCGGCCUGGCUCUCGAAAGCAACGAAAAGGACCCCCGUUUACCGGACAUCUUCAUACGAAUAAGCCGCCUAGCUUACGAUUAUUCCCAUGAUCGACAAGACACCACCGUAGCUCGCAUGGGUCAUGAACUCAUGCAAUGGAUGGAGAACGAAGCUUCCAGACUGUGCAGAAGCAAAGCAAUCAAACCCCAGAUUGUGAAGGCCCUCUCUGCCUGGCCGCAGGAACUACCGCGCAAUCUUAGAUCACUGUGCGAAGAUGUCAAGUCUUCGGAACUCUCUUCUGUUCUCAAUGAUUACCGCAUAUCCCCCAGUAAGUUCCGCUUGGUUAGAAGGCUCCGUGAUCUGGCCGCAGAGGGAAGGUGCCUUCCUGGAAACUUCCCAAAGUCAGAUUUCUGGCGUUUGAAGGAAUGUAUUCCUUCUGCUGCGCAGCUCCUGGACGACGAUAUUGAUGCCUUUGCAACUUUGCUGCUAUGUCAUCAUGGUCAUAUCGACAGUUUCGUCAGCGAACAAUCUGUAUCGCAGACAGUACGAACAAGACACCGCUAUGGCGUCCGACGGAAGGACAAUCCUGACCCUCGGGAUGUCGCGCGGCGUGCUAUUGUCGACUCCUUGUUGAAUAUGCUUGGUGUCGCCUCAGCAACGCAAGUCUACACAUCCUAUCGUACUCUUCGCUCGUUAAUGUCGGUUUGCACACCCGAAGCUCUGGCGGAUUCCUCCUGGCCCAGCGAACAUUCUGUAGAAUUGCGAUUUCUACGAGUGCAUUGCACGCCCGUUGUGGCAAAAUCUCAGUGCGACUUGGGUGAUCGGUUGGUCUCCGAGCGCGCCUUGGAAAUAUCAAGGAAUUUCUCAGAAUGGAUCACAUAUAUCACAACUACCCUGUGUGAAGCUCUUGCUCCUGUUGACCUAUUUUAUGCACCAUUGACAUCUAUCCUGCAAUCGGACCCCACUUUUGCUGAACAGAUCCUGCCGCUUUUGGUCCAUACAGCGCUACAAUUCGAGCGAUCACAAGCAAUGCUCCGAGCAAGUAGUUCGUAUCGCGAGAUCCUCUCCCGAUACUUCACCGCUAUCUUGGCAUACGAUCACACAAGUGUCCCCUGUCUGCGUGCAGUGGUCGACAUCGUCUUGCAUUUACGGUUCUUCACUCCACCAGGAGACAGUGAUGCGUUGGCCUACGACACGUGGCUCGACACAGAUUAUACUCUCCUAAGCCGGAGUGCCAUAAAGUACGGCGCCUAUACAACCGCAUUACUUUUUCUCGAGUUAGAAGCUGAACAUCGGGAGGGACCUCCCAAUGACACAACUGCCGUUGAGGACGUCCUAUUCGAUAUUUACAGUCACAUAGACGAGCCGGAUGGAUUUUACGGGAUUCCAACUCAAGACUUACACCGCUUUCUAAUCAGACGACUUCAUCAUGAGAAACAGUGGGACAAGGCAUUUCGUUUCCAUGGUGCAGCCCUGGAGGCAGGGACAUCAGACACAAGCCACACGGAAGGUAUUAUCAAGACAUUGCAUUCGUUUGGAUUCAAUAGCCUUGCGAUGAACACACUGGGGCGUUCCUUGACUAGUAUGAAUGACCGUUCCAAUUCGAAUGCCAUGACAUAUCAUCUAGGAUGGCGUACCGAAACCUGGGAUCUACCGGAGCACUCAUCGGAGCGCAACUCAGGCGCACCGCUUUAUAUGGCGCUCAGGGCGAUCCACCGUGAACGCAAUCACACAGUGACAGACAGUGUGGUACGCAAUGCUCUGGUCGACGAGAUGAUGCAACUGCAUGGUCUGGGCGCAGAGAACUUCAUGGAUAUCCGCCAGAUCACGCAGAACAUUAUGUGCCUUCACCAAGUGAAACAGUGGAGAAGCAGUGCAUUUCAGGCCGCGCUUCAGUGCAAAAGCAUUGAUGUUGCUGAAUGGGCCGCAUUCACCGUUAUUGACUCGGACUUCGAGUUUUCUGUCAUAGAGGAGAUUAUGGCCACCCGAAUCUCUCUGAUCCGUUCCGUCAGACAGAAAGAGCAACGCGAGCAGAUUGGAGAUCUUCUCUCUCCGUUUUGCCGAAGCUUAAUCGACUUUGAAGCCGCAUGUCUCAUACGCCUGUCUGAAGCUGCCCGUGAAGCCCAUCAAACGCAAAUCGCUUUGAAUUCUGUAACUCAGGCUCUGGAGUUGCUAAAAAAGCCCACGCUAGAAGCCAAUCAAGAGUACGCCAGUGUCCUUUGGCUUAUUAACGAACCCAAGAUAGCAGUUCAAGCUCUAGCCAAUCUUCUGUCAGAGGUCCAACUUCCCGAUGCUGUCCCUGAGCGAAUAAGGACCGCUACGCUCCUCGCCCGCCUGGGAACAUGGUCGGCUGAAGCAAAUCUGGGCAUACCGACGGACAUAAUCGCUCGUUAUUUCGACCCUGCCACAGCUUUGCUCUCCCAGUGCGAUAGUGGCGUGCUCAAGAAUCACGAUGCUAACUAUGCUGCGAUAUACCAUCAAUAUGCCGUGUUCGCUGAACGACAGUAUCACUCUAUCGUGACAUCCCCGGAUGCUCUGAGAUGGAGAGUGUACGUUGACCGCAAGACCGCAGAGAUUCAAAGCCGCAAAGACCAGUUACGCAGAACCCAGACUAACACGAAGGAGUAUGAGGAACUUAAACAGGAGCAAAGACGAGCACAGAAAGUCCUACAGCAGGAUCAGACGCAGUUCUCAGAUCACAUUCGUUCACGAGAUUCCUUCCUUGGUGUUGCAGUCGACAUGUACUCCCGUUGCUUGGAGUCAUCCGACUCGUUCGAUGAUGAUUCUGUCAUCCGAUUAUGUUCCCUAUGGUUGGCAAACUUCGAUAACACCGAUUCCAAGCUCGGUUUCGGAGUUGCGUUGGAUCGCAUUCCUUCUCGCAAAUUUGUCGUCCUUGCUCAUCAGCUAUCUGCUCGAUUGGCAAUGCCGGAAUCUGCGCGACCUUCACAGAACCAGGAAGCUCUACAGAUGCUAUUGACCCGGAUGUGCCGGGAACAUCCUUUCCAUAGUUUGUUCCAGGUGUUCUGCUUACUCGGAGAGCGGACUACAGAUUCAUCAGGAUCUUCCAGGAGACAGUCUGGGCGACACGAAUCAGUAUCUACUCAAGUUGAGCGUGCCACCGCGGCUGCCGACAUUUUCAAUCGCCUGCGAAGUGAUACUUCUAUCGCAGACCGUGUACGUGGCGUGGAGGAGAUUUGUCGUGCAUCAUUGCAGUGGGCCAAAUACCCCAUCAAGGAACAAUUUGCGAAGAAACCAAAGAGCAUCUCCCAAAUACCUAACGAUCUCCUCAUCCGGAAGAUUCACAAUCUGCAUGUACCGGUGAUAACUGUUCAUACUCCCGUCGACCCUACUGCCCAAUAUCAGGACUGUAUCUGGAUCAAUUACUUCGACCAAACUUUCACAACUGCAGGGGGUGUGAAUUUACCCAAGAUCACAACUUGCAUUGGCACGGAUGGGCAAAAAUAUAAGCAAUUGUUCAAGGGAGAAGGUAACGAUGAUUUGAGGCAGGACGCUGUGAUGGAACAGGUCUUCGAUCUAGUGAACGUUGUCCUUCGUCACGAUCGCGAGACUGUCAAGCGAAAGCUGAGCGUCAGAGGGUACAAGGUCAUUCCGCUAGCUGCGCAAGCUGGAGUUCUCGAAUUCGUGGAUAAUACGACUCCCCUUGGAUCAUGGCUGAUGCCUGCUCACAAACAAUAUCGUCCGACGGACAUGAGCCAAAAGGAUGCACAAUCUGCGAUGAAUAAGAAGCGCACGCAAUGCAACGGCGAGGCCGGCCCCCUGCUUGAAUUGUUUUUACAAAUUCGCGAGCGAUUUAAGCCUGUCAUGAGAUACUACUUCACCGAAAGACACAAAACACCAAUGGCUUGGUUUUCCAUGCGACUGAGUUACUCGCGAAGCGUUGCAACUACCUCGGUAGUGGGCCACAUUUUGGGGCUUGGCGACAGGCAUACCUCUAACAUUCUGAUGGAUAAUGUCACGGGAGAGGUCAUUCAUAUUGACCUCGGCAUAGCGUUCGAUCAGGGAAAAUUACUCGGUAUCCCCGAACGAGUGCCUUUCCGCUUGACUCCCGAUAUGGUGGACGGUCUUGGAAUAACUGGGACCCAGGGCGUCUUCCAGCGAUGUGCCGAAGAAACACUGCGUGUCUUGCGGGAUCGUUCUGAUGUAAUCCUGACGGUACUGGAAGUGUUUAGAUAUGACCCUCUGCACUCGUGGACUGCGAGCGAGCUCAAAAUCCAGCGGGUACAGGGCUCCGCGAAGGAAGCUGUUCAGUUGACUGACGAAGCAUUCCGCUACGCUAUUGGAAUCGACCUGGCCAGUGGCACCGCCGAUGAAGCCGCGGACCGUGCGCUGCAGUCUGUCAACCGCAAGCUGGACAAGACUCUGAGCGUUGAAUGCGCCGUCAACGAGCUCACCGCAGAAGCUACCGAUACGACUAAUCUGGCCACGAUGUAUAGCGGAUGGGGACCAUUUUUAUAG